CUCAGCCAAUCACGACAGCCUAUUUGCGGCGCCAUUCAAACAGUUGCAGUUCAAAAUUUUAACCGCCGGAUACUUCGCAGGCAAAAUCCGCACCAGGACAUUUUAAACUUCGGGAAAAUUUGAUUGUCCUCACGAAGCUCACGUUUCUAACUGUUUAGUUCCCUAGCAUCCGCGGUGUUUUGACGACGUUUUGGCUGUUCUUUCAAGCCGGCGAGACAUGUCUCGACUGCCGGUCAUGGCGAGCAAGCGGGUCCUCGCCAACUCGGAGAACUUUCCGGCUGCGCAGCCUGUUCAGAAGAAGUCCCGGAAGGAGCCGGAGGCUGUCAAGCCGCCUGUCGCUGCCACCGUCCUGGGCACCAGACGGGCACCCGUCACAGCGACCAGGGCACCCGUUUCCAGGCCGAUGCGAGGUGUCGGAGCCGCUACGGUGGCCGUCGGCCCCUCCAGGGGCGUCUUCAAAGCACCCGUGGCAUCGACCGUAGCAAAGGGAGGCAAAAUGACAGCGGGGGUGGCCGCCUCUGAGCCCAAAGCAGGCGGCGUCGGGGGGCCCCCCCGCAGGCUCCCGUGGGACAUGAAGGGCAAGGUCAGCGACAUGAAAGGGAAGCUGCAGGACUACCAGACCAAAUUGAAGUCUGGCAACCUGGAGCGAGAGAAUCUGAAGGUCUCCCUUGCCGAGUUGCAAUCGAGGGCGGCUGAGAUGGAGAAGGACCUCAGUGAGAACCGGGAAAGGCUGCAGGCUCUCUGCGGUGUCCAGGAGGAGUUGGAGAGGGUCAGCAGCGAAAAGAAGAUGCUGCAGGCGGAAGUCAACAACUUGCAAGACAAAAACAGGGUGUUGGAGACGCUGCGCCACAGUCAAGAGACUGAGAUCCAAACCCUCAAGAUGAGGCUGUCGGUGCAGGACUCCACCCUGGCCAGCACGCAGGCUGGCCUGCGGGCCGCCGAGGAGGAGGUGCGCUCGCUCAAGGAACUCGCCGCCCGCCUGGAGUCCGAGCUCCACGCGAGAGAGAUGGAGCGGCGCCGGCUCCACAACACCAUUCAGGAGCUCAAGGGCAACAUUCGCGUGUUUUGCCGAGUGCGCCCCCAAGUGAGCGGCGGCCUGGGCAAACACAUCCAGCUGCCAGCCAACGACGACAAGGCCAUCACGCUGGCCAAAACGGAGGAGUCUCACACAGGCAAGACCACCGAGACCCAGAAGAACUACAACUUCACUUUUGACCGCGUCUUCGGCCCCGAUGCAACCCAGCAGGAGGUGUUUGAGGAGAUCUCCCUGCUGGUGCAGUCGGCGCUGGACGGCUACAACGUGUGCUGCUUCGCCUACGGCCAGACGGGAAGCGGCAAGACGUACACCAUGGAGGGCGCCGAGGACAACCGGGCCCGCGGCAUGAUUCCCAGAGCCGUGCAGCAGAUCUUCAAAACCACCCACGAGCUUGCCGCCCAAGGCUGGGAGUUCUCCUUCACGGCCAGCUUUGUGGAGAUUUACAACGAGUGCCUGCGCGACCUGCUGUAUGCGGGCAAGGGCGGCAAGAGGCCAGAACACGAAAUACGCAAGUCGAUCGGUAACAAGAUGACCAUCACCAACCUCACCUACCAGAAGGUCUCCAACGAGGACCAGGUCCUGUGCUUGAUCGCCUUGGCCAACCAGAACCGCUCCACGGCCCAGACCACCCAAAACGACCGCUCCUCCCGCUCGCAUUCCGUCUUCCAGCUCGACAUUGAGGGCGUCAACGUGGGCAGGGAUGUCAAAAGCAGCUCCACCCUGUGUCUGGUGGACCUAGCAGGGAGUGAGCGGAUGGUGAAGAGUCAGUCCCAGGGCGAGCGCUUCAAAGAGAUGACCGCCAUCAACGGCUCCCUGUCCAACCUGGGCAUCGUUAUCGCCGCACUGGCCAACAAGGAGACUCACGUUCCUUACAGGAACUCUAAGCUCACCUACCUGUUGCAGGGCUGCCUGGGCGGGAACAGCAAAACUCUGAUGUUUGUCAACAUUGCUCCAGAGCCGGACAGCUUCGGGGAAACGCUCAAUUCUUUGAGGUUCGCCAGCAAGGUGAACGACUGCGUGAUCGGCACCGCCAGCGCCAACCGGAAGUAGACAAAAAUGGUCGCUGCCCCUACUCUUGGGCACAACGACAACGUUUUCUCUUUUUUGUUUUUUUUUCCUUUUAAUCGAAUACAAGUAACCUUCGGCCAAGGUAUUGUUAUUGAUUGUUCCCCGGUCAUGUCAUUGUAUUCACAAAUAGUUAUUAUAAUCCCAUUUUCAAAAGACAUUCUGAGUCCUUUUUCAUUAAGGUGGUUGCUUCAUAUUUCAGCAAAACGUCUUGGAUAUUUGGUUGAUAAUAAAAUACAUUACACACCCUUC